UAGUAUAUUUUUAGUCCGGCGAGCGAGGAACAGCCGCAGCAGGCGACAUCCAACAUGGCCGCUUCCUUGUCCAGUUUGUUUACCAUCAAACUGAUCAACAAAAUACCUCACACUUCAGGUUGUUUACUACAGUUACCAACAUGCAGCUUACAUACAACCAGUGUGGCUUGCAAAUAUCCAAAUUGGAAAAUGAUUAAGGAGGUUAAGAAUCGGAAAGCUGUGAAGGACUUUGCCUUUGAAAGGAUCAACGUUAAUGCUCUCAGGAAGAACAAGAUCAUUCCACCUGCAAUUAAGGAAAUAGCCGACAAAGAGAUAGCUGCGCUGCCUCGUAAUUCUAGUAUCUCUCAGCUACAUAAACGGUGUAUGCUGACCUCCAGACCCCGUGGGCUUGUUACCAGAUGGAGAUUGUCACGUAUAGUAUGGCGUCAUGAAGCAGAUUACAACAAGUUGUCUGGGGUGCAGCGAGCCAUGUGGUGAAGUGUCGGGUUGAGGUGUAUAGAACUACUGUUAAUUAAUUUGAUUAAUGUGUAAGAUAUUGAGAUACAACUACCAUCAUUUUACACUGUUGAAGAUAUUAUGACAUAGUUAUAAUUAUUUGGCAUAACAGCAUGUAUGGUAUGUUAUUCCCACUUUGAAUUUAGUUUUGUAUAAUGGAGUACUGUACCGGUAAACAGCAAAAGUAAGAAAAGAACUAUUAAAUUAUUAUUAUAUUUUUCUUAUUCAAGUUGAUAUCUUCUUUGUAAAUACUGGACACGACAUGUGUCAUAAAAUAUUUGCCCUAUUAAAGAAAAUCACUUAUAAGUUUCUAGA